AUGGUGGCGGCUCCGUGCGCUCGCAGGCUGGCCCGGCGCUCGCACUCGGCGCUCAUCGCGGCGCUCACCGUGCUGCUCCUGCAGACGCUGGUGGUGUGGAAUUUCAGCAGCCUGGACUCCGGCGAGGAGCAGCGGGCCGGCGGCGGCCGGGAGAAGCGGGACCGGGGCGGCGGCGCCGGCGCCGGGGAGAGCAGCGACCACCGGGCGCAUCAGCACCGCAGAGGACCUGCUGCAUUCCACAGCAAGGCGCUGGACCAGCCACCUCACCCCAACGCUGGCUUGGAGACCCAGGAUGGUUAUUUUUCCCACCGGCCAAAAGAGAAAAUGCGAACAGACAGCAAUAAUGAAAACUCUGUACCCAAGGACUUUGAAAAUAUUGAUAAUAGUAACUUUGCUCCCAGGACUCAGAGGCAAAAAUACCAGCCUGAACUGGUGAAGAAGCCUCUUAGCAAGCAGAAGGAGCACUUGAAAAAGAAACUAGAGCAAGAAGGAAAGGUGAAGGAGAACUCACUGCUGGGGAAGAACUCCAAUGAAGUGCUUCAGUUUGGCCAUCAUGCCGUAAAGAAUAGCAGCAGCAGCAGCAAUUUGAAGGAGAUUCACAGGUCUCCCAGACAACCUCAUUUAAAAAGGAGUGGGAACAGCUCCCCUGAAAUAAGAUAUGACCAGCCACCAAAAUGUGAAAUAUCAGGCAAGGAGGCAAUCUCAGCUCUGUCUCGGUCCAAAUCCAAGCACUGUCGGCGGGAGAUUGCAGAGAUAUACUGUCAACACAAGCAAGGAAAGCUGAUGCCUGAGAAGGUGAUGCGCUUGUGUCCUCUGGAUGGAAAAGCCAGCAACAAUGUACUAUGGGAUGAGGACUCCAUAGAGUACAUGCCUGCCAACCCAGUCAGGAUCGCAUUUGUCUUGGUUGUUCAUGGCAGAGCUUCUCGGCAGCUCCAACGCAUGUUUAAGGCUAUUUACCAUAAAGACCAUUUCUAUUACAUUCAUGUUGACAAGCGAUCCAAUUACCUACACCGGAAAGUGCUCCAGUUUGCUAGCCAGUAUCCGAAUGUGAGAGUCACCCCUUGGCGAAUGGCAACUAUCUGGGGAGGAGCAAGUCUUCUGUCCACCUAUCUACAGAGUAUGAGGGAUUUAAUUGAGAUGAAUGACUGGCCCUGGGAUUUCUUCAUUAAUCUUAGUGCUGCCGACUAUCCCAUCAGGACAAAUGAUCAGCUAGUAGCAUUCCUGUCCAGGUAUCGCGAUAUGAACUUCUUAAAGUCGCAUGGGAGGGACAAUGCAAGGUUUAUUAGAAAACAAGGUCUGGACAGGCUUUUCCUAGAAUGUGAUACACACAUGUGGCGCCUUGGAGACCGGAAAAUCCCAGAAGGAAUCACUCUGGAUGGAGGGUCAGACUGGUUCCUAUUGAACAGGAAGUUUGUGGAGUAUGUCAUCUUUUCCAGUGAUGAUCUGGUGACAAAGAUGAAGAGGUUCUAUUCGUAUACUUUGCUUCCCGCUGAGUCUUUCUUUCAUACUGUCCUGGAAAAUAGCCCUCACUGUGUCUCCAUGGUGGACAACAAUUUGCGCAUCACUAACUGGAACCGUAAACUGGGCUGCAAAUGUCAGUACAAGCACAUUGUUGAUUGGUGUGGCUGCUCUCCUAAUGAUUUCAAACCAGCGGACUUCCACAGAUUUCAGCAAACCGCCAGGCCAACGUUCUUUGCCCGCAAAUUUGAAGCCGUGGUGAAUCAAGAAAUCAUCGGCCAGUUGGACUAUUAUUUGUAUGGUAACUACCCAUCUGGCACGCCAGGCCUCAGGUCGUACUGGGAGAAUAUAUAUGAUGAGCCCGACGGCAUCCAUAGCCUCAGUGAUGUCAUUCUGACCAUGUAUCACUCAUUUUCCCGCUUGGGCCUAAGGAGAGCUGAGACGUCAUUGCACACUGAUGGAGACAACAGCUGCCGGUACUAUCCCAUGGGCCAUCCAGUUUCAGUCCAACUCUACUUCCUUGCUGAUCGUUUUCAGGGCUUCCUAAUAAAACAUCAUGCAACAAAUCUGGCUGUCAGUAAACUAGAGACUUUGGAAACUUGGGUGAUGCCAAAGAAAAUGUUUAAGAUUGCUAGUCCACCAAGUGAUUUUGGAAGGCUGCAGUUUUCAGAGAUUGGCACUGACUGGGAUGCCAAGGAAAGGAUAUUUCGGAACUUUGGAGGACUUAUUGGGCCGAUGGACGAACCAGUUGGCAUGCAGAAGUGGGGAAAAGGCCCUAAUGUCACAGUCACUGUGAUCUGGGUGGAUCCUAUCAAUGUAAUCGCAGCUACAUAUGAUAUCCUUAUUGAAUCCAGUGCAGAAUUUACUCACUACAAACCACCUUUGAAUUUGCCACUGCGGCCUGGAGUCUGGACUAUUAAAAUUCUGCACCACUGGGUACCUGUAGCUGAAACCAAAUUCCUCGUUACUCCUCUUACAUUCUCCAGCAGGCAACCUAUCAAACAAGAAGAAUCCAUGAAGUUGCAUAAUGGGCCUCCUAAGAACGCAUACAUGGAGCAGAGCUUCCAAGGCUUAAAUCCAGUUUUAAAUAUUCCUGUCAAGGCAGCUCAAGUGGACCAGGCAAAAAAGAAUGCAGCGCUCAUAGGUACCAAGCUGGAGAACUGGGUGGACACCUUGGUUAGCAGCAUAUGGUCAGCGGUGGAUGUCUGUAGCACAGGUCCAACUUCCUGUCCAGUCAUGCAGGCUUGCAGUCAAACAGCCUGGAGCUCCCUGAGCCCAGACCCUAAGUCAGAGCUGGGUCCCAUUAAACCUGAUGGGCGUUUGAGGUAGCAUCUGAUACGUUUGGCACAGAUUUUAAAAGAGAAUUUAACCUUGCUUAUAUAUGAAUCUGACUUCAGGUUCCAAAACCUUGAUGAAACAUUUUGUUACCUAUUUCUCAUCUCCAUAUAUAAUUUUUAAAAAUCUGGCAAAAUCUUUGGCAUUGUUUCUCCUUCAGAUCCGUUGGUCUAAGCUUCAGUAGCACUGUGCAUCUCCUCUGUAUCUUUUACAACCUUUCUUC